AUCAGAGGCCCGCCAACCAAGGAUCGGGGAGUGCUUUGCUCGGCACAGUUCAAGGCAUACUGUACUGACGACGACGAUGAUGGAUGGGAUCGGGGCUGAGCCAACUCGCUAACCAACGAGACGUUACCAUGAGGAUUAUCAGUGUUUGCCUUCUUUGAAUCAUCAAGGUCCUAUGGGGUAUUUACCGACGUUAGAGAUCCUAGUAGCAAAAUGUUUCUCCUCUCUAUAUAUACAUAGAUCUUUCGCCCCGGAUUAUCUCCCUCACUGACAUGACAAACUAGUUCACUCACCAAUAUUGCAGCUAUUAGCCAACAUAAACUUAAUAUUGCAACUUAUAACUAUCAAAAUGCUGUACGACAAGAGAUUCUUACUUUCCGUGGCUGCCCUGGCGGGCACAUCAUUCGCCCAAGAUGAUUCUUCUUCAUCCACGGGAACUAGCGACUCUACCUCCACAGGCAGUGCCGGCGCCGAGUGCACGGUGUCCUACGCCCGCCUGCUCGCCGACGCCCCGACGCCCGGCAGUGAUCUCGCCCAAGCCAUCACAAGCUACGCCAGCAGCGCCGCGAGCAGCGUGACUGCCGCGACCGCCACGCCCUCAGGCGGCAUUGGCGGCCUGGCGGGCGACCCGAACCAGCUGCUGUCGCAGGCGUGCGACUUCUCGCAGCAGCUCCCCUCGUCACUGCAGAGCCAGUUCGACGACUACGCCACGAGCCUCAUAAGCUAUGUCAGCGUGUCAUCCUCCGCCAUCGACGAAGUCAUCACCUCGUGCGUGGCGACGGGCUCCGAAGGCGACAGCUACACGUCUUUCGUGAACUCGAUCGCGACGCACACCGGCCCGCUCUGCACGGCUACCUCGGGCUCGAGCACGGGCACCGACAGCAGCACUGGCACUGGUACUGACACUACUGCUUCGCCUACGCCUACUGCGUCGGAGGGUGGUGGUGGCGGUGUUGUCACUACUACCGGCGAUGAUGGCCAGACUUCUACUGUGCCUGUGCCCACUGGUGCCGCGGCCGUCCCGACUGCUGCCCUGGGAGGCGCUGCGGCCGCUGCUGCUGGAGUUCUCGGUGCGGCGAUAUUAUUGUAAGCUAGCUAGCUAGCUAGCUAGUCACCGGCCUCUCAUGGGAUGGUAUGAAUAAAGACUGCGAUUUGACCAGUCUAUUCGUGUAUUAUAAUGUAUAGUUUGGAAGGCACGGGUCAUUAUGUUUUGGGGAUGGCUGUCAUUGUUAGGAUAACCUUUGUGAAAGGACAAGCGAUGAGAAUCAUGACGAGAAAUUGCAGAAUACUUAAGUUGAAUUAAGGUGUCUUAGCAAUGAAGAAUAUCAUAAUCUUAUGG